CGAUUGAAAGCUGCGGGGCGGGCGGGCGGAGCGCGCAGAGCCAGCGAGCAAGCGAGCAAGCUGGAGCUGGAUCCCCGCGUCCCCUGCUCACUCCGAUUCUCUCCGCGCCAGAGCCGGGCGCACCAGGUAGGGUGAGCCCGUGGUGCCGCGGCUGCUGCCUACCUUUUCAGCCCUGACCCCACGUCCCCGCGAGCCUUUGAGUUCUGGGUGCCCCAGCCGGGGCGCGCAGACGGCUCUUGGUCCCCGGGAGCUCCGGGAAGCGGGAAGACAGCCCCCCGUGUCCCGCCUUUCUUCCCCCCGAAAACGCACGUCUUGUAUCGCGCUGCCCGGUUCCUCCUGCUCCGGCGUCCUCCGGUCCUUCUUUCUGUCUGUGCCUCUUUGUCUCAGGCUCUCGGGAUCGCUUGGUCCCUGCCCAGAUUUUGUGGCCCAGGCCCCCAGCUGCGGGGGACUCCAAGGUUCUGUCCCUUGCCCUGCCCUGAGCUUGGGGUCCUGGCCUUCUCUAACCAGCGCUGGCUCCAGCCUCCAUCUGGGUCCCUGUCCCCAUCCGCGGGGGGCUUCACCCCUGCUUCUCUCUCCUGUUUGCUUCAUUGAGCUGCUGCUUUCUGGGUCCACACCUGAGCAUGGUACCAUAGUGGGGUCGGUCCUGCGGAGCGAAGAGGGCAAACUGGGGGCCCUGGUCUCUGCGGCCAGGACACAGGACCCUUGAACUUGCGGCUGCCCUUUGUCAGCCUCAGUUUCCUUUCCUGUUCUGAGGAAAGACGCUUGUCCCCCUCCCAGCCCUGCCAAGCCUGGUGAUUUUAAGAGCCUCUGUGGGGUAGGUAUGUGGGAACGCAACUGGGAUGCACAGGAGAGGAUGCAGGGUGGAUGAGGCAGGUGGCAAAAGGACUCCUACAGGCCAGGGCCAGCGCGGUCCGGGCCCCAAGGCCGAGCACGGGCAGAUUGGGAAUGGUGUCUUUCCCCACCGGGUUUGGAGUGAAGGAAGCUCCGAGACCCCACGUCUCCAACAGCAUCCCGCACAGCCGCUCAGCCUCGGCACUGUUUGGAGAGUCUGACACGACAGAUAGCCCUGCCGCUGGCAUACACGUUCAUGUCUACCUGCCUUGCUGGCCCAGCACCUGUGGCCACUUGGUGCCCUCCCGCUGCCAGCCUCUCCACCUUGCUGUCUUGCUCCCGGGGGCUGGAGUCCCUGUCCCUUCCUCAGUCAGGAGACAAGCCAGAGGCUGGAACACUAAGAGAGUUUCCCCGGGCUCCAGUUUCCCCAGAGGUGGGAGAAUGUACCUUAGAGCCAAGUGCCGUCCCUCUGCCUGUGGGCCCUCAGAGAGCAGCCCUUACCCCUUGGAAAUCUGAGGCUCAGGAUGGGGACUGGAUACCCCCGCCCACCCCAGUUGGUGGCUCUGAUGUGGCCUCUGCUGCAACGGCUUUGACCUCCAGGUCCUGAGUGUUUUAUAUGAGGCCUUGGUUAGCUUGUGAUUUGCAGAAAGCUUGGCGCUGGCUGUGUCUUCGAUCCUUUGCCGGGGCCACUGCCCCCCUGGCUGCCUCCCAGGGCCCGUUUGCAGCCCAGAUGAGGACUGGGAGGCAGGUUCGGGGGCAUCCCAGGAGCUUCUCAGCCUGGUGUAGCGACACCACCCUUCCCUGGUGACCUGGGUGAAGGGUGGGAAGUGGCAGAGUCAGAAAGGGCAGUCACUCUCAGGUCCCUCUUCUCCUGUUUGUCUGUCUAUCUCUCUGCAGGAGCUGGGUCCCUUCUUCCUCUCUUCCUGUCUGUCCUUCCUGGCCCCUGUUUCCUCCUCUCGUUGCCUUUGCUGCUUCUGCCCUCCUCCCCUGGAGACCCAGGUCUGCUGGACCCAUCCAUCCCCUCUGGGGCCAUGGGAUCGCUGCUUGGGCUCCUGGCACUGCUGCUGCUAUGGGGUGCUGUGGCUGAGGGUCCCGCCAAGAAGGUGCUGACCCUGGAGGGGGACCUGGUGCUGGGCGGGUUGUUCCCAGUGCACCAGAAGGGUGGCCCGGCGGAGGACUGUGGCCCUGUCAAUGAGCACCGUGGCAUCCAGCGCCUUGAGGCCAUGCUUUUCGCACUGGACCGCAUCAACCAUGACCCCCACCUGCUCCCUGGUGUGAAACUGGGUGCGCACAUCCUCGACAGCUGCUCCAAGGACACACACGCCCUGGAGCAGGCGCUGGACUUCGUGCGUGCCUCACUCAGCCGCGGGGCCGACGGCUCCCGCCACAUCUGUCCCGACGGCUCUUACGCCACCCAUGGUGACGCUCCUACUGCCAUCACUGGUGUCAUUGGCGGCUCCUACAGCGAUGUAUCCAUCCAGGUGGCCAACCUCCUGCGGCUCUUUCAGAUCCCACAGAUCAGCUACGCCUCCACCAGCGCCAAGCUGAGCGACAAAUCCCGCUACGACUACUUUGCCCGCACAGUGCCCCCUGACUUCUUCCAAGCCAAGGCCAUGGCUGAGAUUCUCCGCUUCUUCAACUGGACCUAUGUGUCCACUGUGGCGUCCGAGGGCGACUAUGGCGAGACAGGCAUCGAGGCCUUUGAGCUGGAGGCCCGCGCCCGCAACAUCUGCGUGGCCACCUCAGAGAAGGUGGGCCGUGCCAUGAGCCGGGCCGCCUUCGAGGGCGUGGUGCGGGCCCUGCUGCAGAAGCCCAGUGCCCGCGUGGCCGUCCUGUUCACCCGGUCCGAGGACGCCCGGGAGCUGCUCGCUGCCACCCAGCGCCUCAAUGCCAGCUUCACCUGGGUGGCCAGCGAUGGCUGGGGGGCACUGGAGAGUGUCGUGGCGGGCAGUGAGGGGGCUGCCGAGGGCGCCAUCACCAUUGAGCUGGCCUCCUACCCCAUCAGUGACUUUGCCUCCUACUUCCGCAGCCUGGACCCCUGGAACAACAGCCGGAACCCCUGGUUCCGGGAGUUCUGGGAGCAGAGGUUCCGCUGUAGCUUCCGGCAGCGAGACUGUGCAGCCCACUCUCUGCGGGCCGUGCCCUUUGAGCAGGAGUCCAAGAUCAUGUUUGUGGUCAACGCCGUGUACGCCAUGGCCCAUGCACUGCACAACAUGCAUCGCACCCUCUGCCCUAACACCACCCGCCUCUGUGACGCCAUGCGGCCAGUCAACGGGCGGCGCCUCUACAAGGACUUCGUGCUCAACGUCAAGUUUGACGCUCCCUUCCGCCCGGCUGACACUCACAAUGAGGUCCGCUUCGACCGCUUUGGUGACGGCAUUGGGCGCUACAACAUCUUCACCUAUCUCCGGGCAGGCAGUGGGCGCUACCGCUACCAGAAGGUGGGCUACUGGGCAGAAGGCCUCACCUUGGACACCAGCCUCAUCCCCUGGGCCUCCCCCUCCGCUGGGCCCCUGCCCGCCUCUCGCUGCAGCGAGCCCUGCCUGCAGAACGAGGUGAAGAGCGUGCAGCCCGGCGAGGUCUGCUGCUGGCUCUGCAUCCCGUGCCAGCCCUACGAGUACCGGCUGGAUGAGUUCACCUGCGCCGACUGUGGCCUGGGCUACUGGCCCAACGCCAGCCUCACCGGCUGCUUCGAGCUGCCCCAGGAGUACAUCCGCUGGGGCGAUGCCUGGGCCGUGGGACCUGUCACCAUUGCCUGCCUGGGUGCCCUGGCCACGCUGUUUGUGCUGGGUGUCUUUGUGCGGCACAACGCCACGCCGGUGGUCAAGGCCUCGGGCCGGGAGCUCUGCUACAUCCUGCUGGGUGGCGUCUUCCUCUGCUACUGCAUGACCUUCAUCUUCAUCGCCAAGCCCUCCACGGCGGUGUGCACCUUACGGCGCCUCGGCUUGGGCACCGCCUUCUCUGUGUGCUACUCAGCCCUGCUCACCAAGACCAACCGCAUUGCGCGCAUCUUCGGGGGGGCCCGGGAGGGUGCCCAGCGGCCACGCUUCAUCAGUCCCGCCUCGCAGGUGGCCAUCUGCCUGGCGCUCAUCUCGGGCCAGCUGCUCAUCGUGGCCGCCUGGCUGGUGGUGGAGGCACCGGGCACGGGCAAGGAGACAGCCCCUGAACGGCGGGAGGUGGUGACGCUGCGCUGCAACCACCGUGACGCCAGCAUGCUGGGAUCCCUGGCCUACAACGUGCUGCUCAUCGCGCUCUGCACGCUCUACGCCUUCAAGACGCGCAAGUGCCCCGAGAACUUCAACGAGGCCAAGUUCAUUGGCUUUACCAUGUACACCACCUGCAUCAUCUGGCUGGCAUUCCUGCCCAUCUUCUACGUCACCUCCAGCGACUACCGACUGGAACUCUGCUCUCCCUGGGAAAACAGUGCAGGCCGACACUGGGACUGGGCCCCACCUUCCUAGAAAUCCUCCAUGGGGCUUGGCAAGUGGACCCCAAACCCGGUGCAGACCACCACCAUGUGCGUGUCGGUUAGCCUCAGCGGCUCCGUGGUGCUCGGCUGCCUCUUCGCACCCAAGCUGCACAUCAUCCUCUUCCAGCCGCAGAAGAACGUGGUCAGCCACCGGGCGCCC